GCUGAACACCGACAGCGACGCUGGUUAAAUCACGUGUGGAAGAAUCUCAGGUCAGCCUCCCCUUAGGCGCUGCGGGGUACCUACCACCGAGCUUGUAGAUAAGCAGGGCGCGUGCUUUUCGUUGGGCCGUUUCAAAUGGCUAUGGGCAGAUUGCAGAACCCGACACCAGCUCCCUUGAUUCUCAACACUGGGGGCUUGCCGUGAGGAGCAACGCUCACGAUGGCGGAAGCUUCCACGAUCUUUGAAGCCGCCAGAGAAUGCCAUCAGGGCUUUAGGAAGGCCACGACAGUCCCGCGGCUAAUGCAUCAAGAAUGGGCUGAGAAUAGACUUGCAGACUUCAAUCUCUGGGCUAUAGGCGCUGGCGCCUCGAGCACGGGAAAAGCCUCGCUCGAUCAUCGACUUCAUGUUAACCCGGAAGCGCACACCAUCCUGUUCAACCUCCUGCUGAUGUUGCAGAUUCUGUUACAAAAAUGUAUAGACGGAUGUCGCGAGAUUGAGGAUACUCUGGCAGAGCUAUCUAAAGAGGAAUCGGCCAGAUUUCAGGAUGUCGAAAACAGUCUAAGCCAGCUCACUAGGCUGACAGUUGCCAUUCGAAAAGCAGGAACCAGAUCCCGACUUCAAAAGGCUGACAACAAGUUUGAUUCUGAUGGCCCCCAGAUUCGUUCCCUGCGCCGACACCUCGAAUUCCUCAUCCUGGUGCGACCUGACGAGCAUGGGAUUUCCUAUUUCAGCCAAGAGCAGCUUAACUCGACAGCGUUGAGUCCAAUUCAAUUACAGCUAAUUGAUGCGAACUUGAAGCGACGCAACCGCUUUAUAUACGCCCAAACUCAUGCUCAGAAAUUAGAUAACAAUUCGGGAUAUCGAAAGAACACGCCGAGAGGAAAAUUUGGCCUAGGAAAGCAUUCACGACAUUUUGAUCUUGCUCAAACUGACUCGCUUGUCGACGGGGACAACACAAUUGUUAGGGAUGACCCGCAAACUCAAAGUACAACAACCGCUACGGUAGUGGAUGAGCAGAUUGAGAUUCCGUCCGCACAAAUACCCAAGCCUGCAACGACAGUCGUGUCAGUGACAAGCUCUCGAAUACCAUACCCAAAGUGUCCGCCUCUUCAUGAUCAUCAAAUGCUUUUCACAUGUCCAUGUUGUUGCCAGUCCCUUCCUGCUUCAGUUGGGCGCGGGAAUAGUUGGAAGAAACAUCUAAUGGGGGAUAUUCUCCCAUACACAUGUAUUUUUGAGGACUGUCUUCAGGCAGACACGUUCUAUAUGACUAAAGAGACGUGGUUGAGCCAUAUGGGCGAAGAACAUGGGGACACGGUGCAAUGGGUAUGCCAUUCGUGCUCCCAGAAAAACCUCUACGCCACCUUUAGAGACCCAGCCGAUUUCACUGCACAUAUUCAGCUGCAGCAUAGCAAGGGGAUUAGGCCAAAUCAAAUACCCAUGUUGCUUUCAUCAUGGCGGCGCAAAGUUCCUUUCGAAAUAUCCACUUGUCCACUUUGCAAUUUCCAGAGUGACGAUCAAACUGCUCUACUUGACCACACUGCUGAGCAUAUCCACUCGUUCUCACUGAGAUCAUUGCCAUGGGCGCCGAGAGAAGGGCUGGAAAUUGAAGACGACGACGACGAAAAAGAGGAUGGAGAAGGAUACGGAACAUUCUUCGAACAAAAUCCAUAUUUUGACGUUGACAGCUGCUGGUCAGAGCCCUCGGGGAGCCCGCCUAGAGAGUCACAUAUAGCCACAGAUCUGGACAGCAUCGUAGACUCAGAUUCCGAGGAAUCAGAUCAUUCUGUUCUCGAGCAGCAGCAGCAUCAGCAACAACAACUGACAGAAGAUCAGCUCAAUCAAAUACCCCAUGAUCCCUCAGGGCAGACAGGUACAAGUGAUUGGCUGAAUUCACUGACUUUCUUCUCCUCCUCCCCCGAAGACCGUCUGGGUUCGAUUAUAGGCAACUGGCUGAGCUUGACCAGUACACUGGCCGUGGGUUCUCACGACGUCGUUUACAGUGCCGUGGACAUCAAUACGCAAACUCAGUAUGCGGUCAAGGCUCUGAGUAAGGAUCCCCGUUACUCAGAAAUGCUAAAGACGGAGAUAAGACUCCACCACAAGGCUAGUGGGCAUCCCAAUGUGGUUUCCUUAAUUCGAAUCGUGGACACUAUUGAUGUCACUUAUGUCGUACUCGAGUUCUUCCCGGAAGGUGACUUGUUCUCCAACAUAGUGGACAAAGGCAACUAUGUGGGCAACGAUACCUUAGUGAAGCGUGUCUUCAUGCAGAUCCUUGACGCUGUCCAAUACUGCCACUCGGUUGGAGUUUACCACAGAAACCUCGCACCUGAGAAUUUCCUCGUCGCGGACGGGGGUAUGACCGUUAAGCUCACUGCCUUCCGCCUGGCUUCGGAGGACUACGCCACCUCCGAUUUUGGCUGUGGUACGAUAUUCUACAUGUCGCCCGAAUGCCAGCAGGAAGAUCAACCUCCGGAUGCAUCCUACUUGAGCGCCCCCAAUGAUGUCUGGAGCCUAGGUGUGAUCCUAGUCAACCUCACCUGCGGACGCAACCCAUGGAAGCGUGCUUCCCUUGAGGAUUCCACUUACAGGGCCUACAGGAGGGACCCUUCAUUUCUCCAAUCUAUCUUGCCUCUCUCCACCGAGGUAACCGCUAUCCUGAAUCGUAUUUUUGAACUCGAUCCUUCCAAAAGAAUUACCCUUCCAGAGCUCCGCAGCUUGAUCUUAGAAUGUGCCCGUUUCACGACAGACUUCCCGCCUUCAUGGCUCCCCAGCCGCGAACCUGAUCAUUCUGGGCAGGGUACCGACUAUUUGGGGGGCACGAAUCAGUAUGGUUCCGUGCCAGAGACCCCAGAUGGGUCGUUAGUAGAGGGCCAGCACUAUGAUAAUGUUGAAUCGUCUACAAAUGUCCCGGAUUAUGAAGAGGAGGAAUGGAUGUAUCAGUCUAGCGGGGGACAAUAAUACCGCUUUACCGGAGGUGCAUUAUGGGCAUCAUUUUUAUUCCUCUGAAAAUGCAAUGCAUCUGAGGAUUUUGCGCAAAGCAAUGAUGGCAUGUAUCCAUUAUCUAACUGAGUGAUCAGGACUUAAACGGAUGCAGUUUAAAAAUUCUAAUAUUUUCGGGUGGAUUGGAGAUUUGUAAUCUGCGAAGGAAGAGCAUCUGCGAAGGAAGAGCGUUAAAAAUUGAC